AUGGUUGCUUUGAGAUUAGGGUUGUGUAUUUGCCGUAUUGAUUUGUUCAAAGAUAAAUGCUUGUUCGAGCUAGAACUUAUGAUUCAUCAUUACCCAAUGCAGCCUCCAACUCUGCAUUAUGGCGAGGCUCUUAGCUCAUUCUACUGCUGUGGCUCAUUUUACCGCUGGUCCUUUACUUUGCCCCUUAAGGACGUCGGUGAAGCACCUAGCUUCUCAGGGCUAAGGGCUUCUAAUGCAUUGGAUCUUAAGGCAAGGCCUGAUCAUGAUUUCCUUUCUAAGACAAAACUUUCAAUCUCGUCCAGGAGAGCAAAAGCUAGCCGAUGUGUGCCAAAAGCCAUGUUUGAGCGGUUUACCGAGAAAGCAAUUAAGGUCAUAAUGCUGUCUCAAGAGGAAGCUCGGAGACUUGGCCAUAACUUUGUUGGGACUGAGCAAAUACUGUUGGGUCUAAUCGGGGAAGGUACUGGGAUCGCUGCAAAGGUUCUUAAAUCCAUGGGGAUCAAUCUUAAAGAUUCUCGUGUGGAGGUGGAAAAGAUCAUUGGAAGAGGCAGUGGAUUUGUGGCAGUGGAGAUCCCAUUUACUCCUCGUGCAAAGCGAGUCUUGGAGUUGUCACUAGAGGAAGCUCGACAAAUCGGCCAUAACUACAUUGGGUCAGAGCAUCUUCUGCUUGGUCUUCUUCGUGAAGGGGAAGGUGUUGCAGCUCGUGUCCUGGAGAAUUUGGGUGCAGAUCCUACAAACAUCCGGACUCAGGUUAUACGUAUGGUUGGGGAAAACAAUGAAGUGACAGCAAACGUUGAUGGAGGAUCCAGCGGAAACAGCAAAAUGCCAACACUAGAAGAGUAUGGGACUAACCUAACUAAACUAGCAGAGGAGGGUAAACUGGACCCGGUUGUUGGAAGGCAACCACAGAUCGAACGAGUGGUCCAGAUCUUGGCUCGAAGAACCAAGAACAACCCUUGUCUUAUUGGAGAACCUGGAGUUGGUAAGACAGCAAUAGCUGAAGGACUCGCACAGAGAAUUGCCAGUGGUGAUGUUCCCGAAACAAUUGAGGGAAAGACGGGUCUUCUAGUGGCUGGAACGAAAUAUCUUGGAGAAUUCGAGGAAAGAUUGAAGAAGCUUAUGGAGGAAAUCAGGCAAAGUGAUGACAUAAUUCUGUUUAUUGAUGAAGUGCACACGCUUAUCGGUGCAGGUGCCGCCGAAGGAGCGAUCGAUGCUGCUAACAUCUUAAAGCCAGCCCUUGCAAGAGGUGAAUUGCAGUGUAUUGGUGCAACAACAAUUGAUGAGUACAGGAAGCACAUUAAGUAA